AUGCCACCCAAAGGAAAGAAAGCGGCGCCCGCGCCCGCGCCCUUCGCAGGAGGGAAGGCUGGCAGCAAGAAGCAGGUCAAGAACCCUCUCAUCGAGAAGCGCACCCGAAACUUCGGUAUCGGCCAAGACAUCCAACCGAAGCGCAACCUCGGGCGCAUGGUGAAGUGGCCCGAGUAUGUCCGUCUUCAGCGCCAGAAGAAGAUCCUCAACAUGCGCCUGAAGGUCCCGCCGCAAAUCGCCCAAUUCCAGCACACUCUCGACCGCAACACCGCCGCUCAGAGCUUCAAGCUGCUCAACAAGUACCGACCUGAGACUAAGCCUGAGAAGAAGGAUCGUCUGCACCAGGAGGCUACCGCUGUUGCCGAGGGAAAGAAGAAGGAGGACGUCAGCAAGAAGCCCUACACCGUCAAGUACGGCUUGAACCAUAUUGUUGGGCUCAUCGAGAACAAGAAGGCAUCUCUGGUCCUUAUUGCCAACGAUGUUGACCCCAUCGAGCUUGUCAUCUUCCUCCCCACUCUCUGCAAAAAGAUGGGUGUCCCUUACGCCAUUGUCAAGGGCAAGGCCCGAUUGGGGACUGUUGUCCACAAGAAGACCGCUGCUGUCUUGGCUCUGACCGAGGUCCGCGCUGAGGACAAGAACGAGUUCUCCAAGCUCGUUUCCGCCAUCAAGGAGGGCUAUGGUGAGAAGGCUGACGAGGCCCGUCGUCACUGGGGUGGUGGUAUCAUGGGCGCCAAGGCCAAUGCUCGCCAGGAGAAGAAGCGCAAGGCUAUCGAGAACGCCAUCAAGAUCUAG